AUGGACGUUGCUAUGGGGGAUAGUGAGACCAAACCUUCCACUGAACACAGAUAUGUGCCCAAGAAUAGCAUGAAUGCUGUCACAAUCGCUGACUAUACUGCAGUCUGGGAAAAAGUAUCAUUUUUCGUGCAAUUGGCUCUGCGUGCCGAUUUGCAGGUCACACACCCGUUGUACCUCUAUUCACAUGAGGAUCUAUAUAGAAACAUCUACUGGACUUGUUGGAGGGGAUCGCAAGGAAGACUCUUUGGUGAUCUGAAAAAUGUCAUCAAAGAAACCCUUGUAUCCCUCAAUGGCCAGCUACAAUCUUCUCAGAAUCUAGACGAGUUUGUUAUGAAAUUUGCCGCGAUCUUGUCGAAUCAUUUACGAGCAAUUGACGUUCUUGGCAGCGUAUUUGCAUAUUUGGAUAGUACAUAUAUAAAAGAUGUACAUAAUGACAAUCUACGACAUGUAAUGGUAGAAAGUUUUGUGCAAAUUAUUCUAAAGGAAUCGGAGAUGCAAUUAAUGUACAUAUUCAAAAAAGUAAUUGAAAAUACUCCGAUAGCGAAUGCCAACAAAAUAAAAGAUAUCGUGCGGGAUCUAUUUAAGAUGUCUACAGAUAGCCUAUAUCUCAACCCAUUACUAUUUCAGAGUGUGAUAAGUGGUAUAAGGUUACCUCCUAAUUUUGAAGAUUUGCGAAUGAAGUAUAUGCAGUUGGAUACAGAGUAUCGUCUUAUGAGGGGAUAUAAUGACGAGCCUUCUGAUCCAAAAUGUUCUUUAUCGAAGAGGACAGUCAGUGCAAGAGAUGAAGACGACUAUAAUGCAAGUUCAUGCAAACGUCGACAGAUUGGGCCAUGA